GCCUGAGCCGCAAGCCGGAGCUAGCGGACCGAGCCAAGCGGGCAGGUGCACGGCUGCGGGGACGGCAGCGGCAUGACCGGCCACCACGGCUGGGGCUACGGCCAGGAGGACGGCCCCUCGCAUUGGCACAAGCUGUAUCCCAUCGCUCAGGGAGACCGCCAGUCUCCCAUCAAUAUCAUUUCCAGCCAGGCUGUGUACUCGCCCCACCUGCGGCCGCUGGAGCUCUCCUACGAGACCUGCACGUCCCUCAGCAUCGCCAACAAUGGCCAUUCUGUCCAAGUGGACUUCAAUGACUGCGAUGACCGAACGGUGGUGAUGGGGGGCCCCCUGGACGGGCCCUACCGCCUCAAACAGUUCCACUUCCACUGGGGCAAGAGGCGUGACGUGGGCUCGGAACACACCGUGGAUGGCAAAUCGUUCCCCAGUGAGCUGCACCUGGUACACUGGAAUGCCAGGAAGUACAGCACUUUUGGGGAGGCAGCCUCAGCCCCCGAUGGUCUGGCCGUGGUCGGAGUCUUCUUGGAGACAGGCACGGAGCAUCCCAGCAUGAACCGCCUGACAGAUGCACUCUACAUGGUUCGGUUUAAGGGCACCAAGGCCCAGUUCAGUUGCUUCAACCCCAAGUGCCUCCUGCCCACCAGCCGGCACUACUGGACCUACCCUGGCUCCCUGACCACGCCACCACUCAGUGAGAGUGUCACCUGGAUCGUGCUCAGGGAGCCCAUCAGCAUCUCUGAGAAGCAGAUGGAGAAGUUCCGGGGCCUGCUUUUUACCUCAGAGGACGACGAGAGGGUCCACAUGGUGAACAACUUCCGGCCACCGCAGCCACUUAGGGGCCGUGUGGUCAAGGCCUCCUUUCGGGCUUGA